CAUGAAAAUGUCUUAAAGUAUCGUGAUAUUUAUGCCAUAUCGCCCACCCCUAACUACUAGCCAAUCCCAACACAGGAGACAGAGCAACUAGCCAAUACUAUAAUAAGUUAAGAUAACUAGCCAAUCACAGCACAGCAGCUUAACAACUAGCAAAAUCUAGUGCAGGAGGCAGGACAACAAGGCGAUCCCAGCACAGGAGAAAGGACAAUAACCAAUACCUGCAACAGAGGCGGGACAACCAGCCAAUACCAGCAGCAGGCAGAUACUACUAGCCAAUCGCAGCGCAGAAGGUGGGGCUUUCCUGAAUACGGGUGUGGAAAAAAAUGACGCGUCUGCACUUCAGCGCGGAGCAGAUGAGGAAAGUUCAGAUGCGAAAGAAGAAAGCAGGGGAGAAGCUGCUCAGAGCUGCAGUCUGAAGUGUUUGCAUGAGAAAUGCGAGACGGAGGAAUGCAGGAAAGCUCUGCGUGGCUGUGAGAGGAAACACGUGUCGUGUUUUUUCUACUUUUUUUUUCUUUUCUGUUUUUUUUUGCAUGAGUAGUUUCUCUGCUCUGGCUGUGGGGCAGAGGGGGGACGGGGGGAGUGUGUGUGUGCCCUCUGCACGGAUGCUCCUGCACAUGCAUGUAGUCUAUUUUCCCCAGCAGGAAUGAAGGCAGCUCUGUGCUUUAAUGAGCCUUGAAGCACAUGUGGGCUGUCCAGAGUGGAUUUGCACACAAAGCAGUGAGUUUAUUGUUUGAGGAGUCACUAACAAAGCUAGGGAGUGUGGGUUGGGAUGUGCUGGGUUUGGACAGCACUGCUGCCUCUGGCACUGUUGCUUAUAGUGCUUCCAGACUGCACUGAAGGCAUCAAGCUGUGGACGAGAGAACCGGAGGUUACUGUGCCGCUUCUUGACCCUUCCUCUGAGCACAGCAGGCUGAGAGCACCACUGGCUCGAGCCAAACGCUACGCCAUUAACCCUCUGGGCUACAAAUGGGAGCACUUCAACAUCACUUACAAGAUAACAAAGUUCCCCAACACGCUGAAUAAAGAAGACACCCGUAAAGCCAUCAGCAUCGCCUUCACCAAAUGGAGCGACGUGUCCCCUUUAACCUUCACCGAAAUCACCGAUCCUAACAAGAAUGCUGACAUCAUUAUUGGUUUCUACACGUUUAAUCACACAGACUGCUGGUGGUCUCCGCUGCACCCCUGCUUUGACGGGCUGAACGGGGAACUGGCCCAUGCCUUCCUGCCCCCGCGGGGCGAGAUUCACUUCGAUAACCACGAGUUCUGGAUCCUGGGGAAGUCACGCUUCAGCUGGAAGCAAGGCGUGUGGCUGAAUGACCUCGUGCAGGUGGCUGCCCAUGAGAUUGGUCAUGCUCUUGGCCUGUGGCAUUCGCGGGAUCCCAACGCUCUGAUGCACCCCAACGCCACCUACACGGGCCAGCGCAACAUCGCCCAGGACGACAUCUGGGGCAUCCAGCGGCUUUAUGGCUGCUUGGAUAAGAAGCGCGUGUGUGACCCCUGGGCUCGGUUAGGGUUUUGUGAGAGAAGGCGGAGCUUCAUGAAAAAACACUGUCCUCAGCGCUGUGACCUGUGUUACGAAACACUGGACGCUGUGUCCACCCCGACUCCUCCCCCUGCCAACGUUAAGGUCAAGAUGGUGCCUCGAGGGAAAGUGGUGGGCUUCCGCUGUGGGACAAAAAACACGAAAGUGCCUCCAAAAGUCAGCUGGUAUAAAGAUGGAGAGCAGCUGUUGACCUCCAUCCCCGGCUACAUCGUCAUCAAAGACCGCGACCUGCGCAUCGUGGCUAACGAGUUUAACGAGGGGACGUACACCUGCAGGAUCCACCGACGUGGCACCGUCGUCUCAGCCAACUCCUGGGCCAUCAGACUCAAACCAGAACGGUCAUCGAACAACAGCUGAUGAAGAGCGGGUGAGGGAGUGGAGGGAGGAGAGACUGAUUUAAGCACUCGCACUACCUCCAGCACUGAAGUCCACUCAGAACUUCUCUCCUUACCUCACAUUCAGAAACAACGUAACAGCAAAUCGCAUCUACAUUCAAUGAACUGCUUCAUGUGAGAGUGGAAGAUUUUAUGGGUGAAAUUCGCAUGGAGACAUAGUAGCUGGCUCGUGCUGAAAGAAGGGCUGGAUGCUGUAGCAAGCAGUUUUUUUUAUAUGUAUUUACAUCUGAUUUACAGUCAUAUGCAAAAGUUUGGAAGCUCCUGGUCAAAUUAAAUGCUUUGAUGAUGUUCUAAUUGAAAAGAAUUCAUCCUCUAGAGGGAACACAUCUAAAUAAUGGCAUUUUCUGCAAGUUUUAGUUCACAAUUUCUAUUUAUUGGAAAAAAAAUAAAAAUAAAAUAUCACUGUCCAAAAAAACAAGGGGAACUUUACAGGA